CCGGGAGCGGCCUCAGCGGCGGCGGCGGCGGCGACGACGGCGGGAGGGCCCCGGGGCCGCUCCGGGCCGGGCCGCUCCGGGCCACCCAUGGAGCCUCUCGGAGGUUGAUGCCCAGGAGCCCAUCGGGAGCCGCUGAGCCCUCUGGCCUUGGCUAUGGACAUCGUCCUGUCCGACUUUGUUCGCUCAACGGGGGCAGAGCCGGGGCUGGCCAGAGACCUCCUGGAAGGCAAGAACUGGGACCUGAGCGCGGCGCUGAGCGACUUCGAGCAGCUGCGGCAGGUGCACGCCGGGAGCCUCCCGCAGCCCUGCAGCGACGGCCGCGGCUGCCGUGCCCCCGACAGGGAGCUGGCACGGCCGGGGAGGCCCCCCCUGCAGCGCCAGGAUGACCUGGUGCAAGAGAAGCGCCUGUCCCGGGGCAUCUCCCACGCCAGCUCCAGCAUCGUGUCCCUGGCCCGCUCGCACGUCUCCAGCAACGGCGGCAGCAGCAGCGAGCACCUGCUGGAGAUGCCCAUCUGCACCUUCCAGCUGCCCGACCUCACCGUCUACUCCGAGGAGUUCCGCAGCUUCAUCGAGAGGGAUCUCAUCGAGCAGUCCAUGCUGGUGGCGCUGGAGCAGGCUGGACGUCUCAACUGGUGGGUGGCGGUGGAUCCGAGCUGCCAGCGCCUGCUGCCCCUGGCCACCACUGGAGAUGGGAAUUGUUUGCUCCACGCUGCCUCCCUGGGAAUGUGGGGCUUCCACGACCGGGACCUGAUGCUGAGGAAGUCCCUGCACACCCUGAUGGACAAGGGAGCGGAGCGGGAGGCGCUGAGGCGCCGCUGGCGCUGGCAGCAGACGCAGCAGAACAAGGAGUCUGGCCUGGUUUACACGGAGGAGGAGUGGCAGAAGGAGUGGAAUGAGCUGAUCAAGCUGGCGUCGAGCGAGCCCCGCGUGCACUACGGCACCAACGGCGGCGGCUGCGGCGGGGUGGAGAGCUCGGAGGAGCCGGUGUACGAGAGCCUGGAGGAGUUCCACGUCUUUGUGCUGGCCCACGUGCUGAAGAGACCCAUCGUGGUGGUGGCAGACACGAUGCUGAGGGACUCAGGUGGUGAAGCAUUUGCCCCAAUUCCCUUUGGAGGGAUUUAUCUGCCCCUGGAAGUCCCAGCCAACAAAUGCCACCGGUCCCCUCUGGUCCUGGCUUAUGACCAAGCUCAUUUUUCCGCCCUGGUCUCCAUGGAGCAGAAGGAAAACACAAAAGAUCAAGCUGUGAUCCCCCUGACGGACUCUGAGCACAAACUGCUCCCCGUGCACUUCGCCGUGGACCCGGGCAAGGAGUGGCAGUGGGGGAAGGAUGACAGUGACAAUGUCAAGCUGGCCAGCGUGACCCUGUCACUGGAAGCCAAACUGCACCUGCUGCACAGCUACAUGAAUGUCAGAUGGAUCACGUUGCCUUGUGACAUGCAGGCGCCCCUGGCUCAGCCAGAGUCCCCCACGGCCUCGGCGGGCGACGACGCUCGCUCGGCAGCGGAGUCGGGCGAGUCGGACAAGGAGUCGGUGUGCAGCAGCUCUGCCAGCAACGGGGGCGCCAGGGCAGCCAAGGACAGGGAGAAACCAAAGAAAGAGAGGGAAAAGGAGAAGGAGAAGGAUAAAAAACGAGCAGACUCGGUAGCCAACAAGCUGGGAAGCUUCGGGAAGACUCUGGGCAGCAAACUAAAAAAGAACAUGGGGGGGCUGAUGCACAGCAAAGGCGUCAAGGGCGGCGUGAGCAACGGGCAGGGAGACACCCUGGAGAAGAAGAAGAAAGGAUCCCUGAAGGCACGGAAGGACAGCAAGGAGGAAUGUUCCCCCGGAGAUUCAGCUCCUGCAGAGAAGCCUGGUGCGGGUAAAGCAGCCCUGGAGAAGCCCUCGGAUCCCUCCAAGUACAGCAGCGACGUUCGGCUGAGCCUGAGCAUCCUGCGCGCCGCCAUGCAGGGCGAGCGCAAGUUCAUCUUCGCCAGCCACCUCAAAACCAGCACCCGGCACCAGUUCCAGGAGGAGAUGAUCCAGAGGUACCUCCUGGACGCUGAGGAGCGGUUCCUGGCGGAGCAGAGGCAGAAGGAGGCCGAGAAGAAGGCGCUGGGCGGCGCCGCCGCGGCCAAGAGGCCGGAGGGGGAGGCGGGCGCCCAGCGGAGCGAGGAGGCGAUGCCGGGCCCCGCGUUCUGCCCGCCGCCCCCCAGCUACCCCCCCCAGCCCCUGGAGCCGGCCGUGGGUGCUAAACUCGCUGCUUUUCCAGCUGGCUAUUCCGGCGUUUUCACCUUCCCCAGGCCCUCUAUGGGCAGCGCCGAGGGGCUGCACCCACCCGCGUGUCCCGAGGGCCGGCGGCAGCUGGCGGGGGGGCCCUGCGGGAGCCUCCCCCCCUACGCCACCCUGCCCCGGCACCACCAGGGCCGGCUGGGCCCCUGCCCGCCCGGGCCUGCCCCCCUGGGCCGCUUCUGCCCCACGGACAUGGAGAGCCAGGCUCCGCUCCCCGCCGAGCGCGAGGGCUCCGGCUGCCUCCUGCCCCCGCACAGCAACGGCUGCCGGGAGCUGCUGGAGCAGGAGCAGGGAGGAACGGCGGAGAAAAUGAGAAGCCAAGGCCUCUACAACAUCCAGCAGACCAAGUGCAAACAGCCCAACUGCAGCUUUUACGGACACCCAGAGACCGGGAAUUUCUGCUCGUGCUGUUACAAGGAGGAGCUGCGGCGCAGGGAGAGGGAGGCGCUGGUGCACAGGUUCUGAGCUCCCCCUGUGCACGUCGGACCCCUGGCACGUGGGGGAUGCAAUAACAGAGAUGCAGUUUGGUUUCUCACACCCAGCCACGCUCCUCUCGCGCUCUGCAGAGGUGGGAGCAGCGUUGGGCCAGCUGGGACGGGCUGGUGGCGUUGAUGGGUGCAGGAGGGAGAGAGCAGGGAAAGCAGCCCCCGAGUUCCUGGAGCCCCUGCAGGGGAGGAGAAGGAUUCCCAGGGGGGCUGCUCGGCUCGGAGCACAGGGUGAGGGGGGAGAAUUUCCUCAGAAACUCAAUAAACCAGACCAAAGCUUUGGGAGUGGGCAGGGGGAGCAGCUCCCACCAGGUCCUUCCCACUUCCUGACCGCCUGGGACGGAGCAGAAAUGCCCCAUUUUGAGAGUCACAAAACCUUUUAAUGGAGUUUUUUAACACUGGUUUUAUUCUGUAUUUCUUCUUGCUGGUACUGAGCGACACCGUGUUGGAGUUGGACUUUGAUGAGGUGAGGUGGCUUGGACGCCCCCCACCCAGUCCUGGGUGAUUGUGAGCACCAGGACAGGCUCAGGGCUCUGUCCCCUCCUCUCCUCCCCAUGAGCUGAACUCUGGUUUUAAAAUGUUCUUUUUAAACUCUUCCUGAGGCAGGGGGGACUCCCAGAGCUCGAGGGAUUGGAGGUUUCUCUUCCUGUGCAGAACCCCCAGCCCACAGGAGAUCCUGCCAGGAAUUCCCAGUGAGCCUGGGGCAAAUCCCCCAGGAAAAGCCACUGGAAAGGGGUCCCAGAGCCCCCCCAGCCCCGUGUAACUCCUACUUGAGCACAGCUACUCUGUACUACCUCUGAUCCUGAUUAACUCGGCUCCGUUGUGCUGAGCCACCAACUGACCUUUAGGCUGCGGAAUUAAUCCAUAUUUUUUGAUAACAGGGCUAAAAAAAGCAGAACAAGAAGGUAAAAUCCUCCUCCCACGUGUUGUUCCUGACCCCAUCCCGGCCCCCUGGCUCCCAGGGUGGGAUUCACUUUAGCACUGCGAUGUUUGCACAGAAUUCCUUGGGGUUGUUUUGGUGACUGCAGCUCCCAAACCUGGUCCUGCACGGAGUGAGGUGCAGCAUUUCCUACCACACGGAAAUAAAACAGGAGUUGUGUCCUUCAGCCAGAGCUUUACAACAUUCCCUCCUUUCUAUUUUUGGGUUGAUUUUCCAGAAGGAAUCGAACUAUGCAACGCCUUCCUGCCCAUGGCCAUUGCCUGGAGAGGGGAUGAGGAAGAGGAGCUGGAAGUGAGCUCGGGCAUCACCCCACGCCUUACACUUGGCCCUAAAAGUGUUCAUUUAGACCCAAAACCCCAGAGUUAAGGCCUUUCCUACACCUAAAUGCCCCCAAAUUGGGCCUUUCCUGGUGGGAUCCCAACAUUUCGAGUCCAGCCCAGCAAAGCUCCUUGUGUGCAGAUUUUCAAAUCCAAAUUUCAGACAGCCCAGGGAUGGUUUGAUUCCCGUGUUGAGUUGUUUUCCCUGGUUUUAUAAAAUCCCCGAGCGUGGCUGAAGCUGUGGGAAGGGGAGGGUGUGACACCCACUCCAGCUGGCUCCUCUUACCUGGGAACAAAUUCCACAUUUCUCCCUCAAAAUGCAGGAAUUCCAAUGGACUUCAACCCCAGGCAGGGCCGUGCAGUGCUGGUUAAACAGCACAAGCUCUGCCCCCAUUUGGUUCACCCCAAAUUUGAAGCUGAGAUGGUUAAAACCCAACCCGAACCCUUCACUAUUUAUGGGCUCUUGGUUUAAAUUCCACGUUCUGAUGUUUAUUUUUCCCCAAAAUUGGAGCAGCAGCUUUGUUUUGGUGUUGGGAAUGUCCUCUGGAGCAGGGAUGCCCCAGGGCACGGGAGGGCAGGGGGAGCUGAUGCUUCAGCACUCAGGUUUUGGGGGAAUUUCUCUCCUUUUUGGGGAGCUCCAUCCCAGUGGAGGCUGGAUUGGGUGGGGAUGGGGAGAAGGCAAAAAACCUGCAGGAAAAGCAGCAGUGCUGGAGGGAAAAAACCCCAAAACUGCAGGAGAAGCACCAAACCUGCCCCCAGGAGGGAUUUUUCCAUGGGGAGACUGUGGUGUGACCCCAAGGUCAAACUAAGUGCACUUAACUGGUGUGGUUGGAAUUCCAAUUGAUCCUGGUGGAGGAAAACUUUGUCUUUCAGCGUGUGUAAAACCCGUUCAUGAGAUUUGAUUUGAUUUCAUUAAAUGAGAUUCACCCUCGGCAGAGGAGGCCGGGGCAGCUUUGGGUCUCACUAACGCGACACCGAGUGACCUGAAUUAAUUCUGCAGUGGUUUAUUCACAAAAAAACUCCUUUUUUUUUUUUUUUAAUUAAUUCCAGAUUAAUUGGUGAUAUUUGGCCUCCUGAACAGGGCCAGAGCGUUGCACUUGGGCUGUACCUGUGGCCUCGUUGUGGCACCACAGACUCAUUGACAAUAAAAACCUUCAGCUGAUGCA